AUGUCUGAAGACAUCAAAACCAACAUCCGAAACCACCACACGGUGCCCUUUGACAGCCGCUUCCUCCACCAGAACCAGACCUGUAAUUGCUGGCAGAACCACCUGGAUUUUCACCAUUGUGAGAAGGCCAUGAACAAGAGAUGUGGUAUUGUGUCUUUCUGCCAGUGGUACAAACGUAUCUUCAAGUCCCCCUGUCCCCUGUCCUGGGUGAACUUGGGAUGA